AUGACCUCGAAGCUCGCCGCCCGUGAAAGCAUACGCCCUAGCUCAAGAAAGCUCUGUAGGGCGGGCGACUUCCUCACCGGUAGCGCCUCUAUCGGCGGCUGUCCGCACUAUUUGUCCUACGGUCAUUGGCUGGUUCUGGUGACGUCACUCGCGGCCCAACCAAUAGGGGGGGCUGAUGGAAGGCGAUCGCGCCGGGCCGCAGUCGUACUCGCCGCGCCUUCGUAUGAGCUGUGUGUCGCUCACGGCCCCCCGCACCCCGCGCCCCGCGCUCGUCUCGCCCGCAUUCUAGUCGUGGGUGUCACGCCGUGCAGUCCUCGCGUGUGCCACGGAGCCCAGUGCGCCGUUUGUGAGUGCUUAAGUUCCCGCCCGUGUGUCAGUGCAACGGAGAGGUACACGUCCGGCGCGGAGCCCGUCCGCUCGUUAGCAAUAGAGUCGGCCGACGGUCGAGAU